UUAUUUCUUUAAAUUUUAUUCUUUAAAUUUUCUAAAUUUAUUUAUUAUAUGUAAUUCAAAAUCAAUUUUACGUAAAUAAAAUAAUUAGAAAUACGCAUUCUAUUAUUUCCAAAUAAUAUCACAUGACCAUUAACGAAUACUCGGAUAUAUAUAAAAAAAUGUAAUCUUUAAAAAUAAUAAUGAAAUAAUCUAAUAUGAAAUUUUUAUAUAAUUGUAAACUCGACAUUAUAAACAUUAUAAACUCGAUAUUACUGAUUUUCGAUAGAUAUAUUCUUUUUAAAGCUCCGAUUUAUUCUUAUUAUUCAUCGACAAGCAUGCCCUGUUUGUUUGAUCAUGCGUGAUUGUAUCUACAUGUAGAAGUGGGAGUAAUUGUGCAUGAAAAUUUGAUAGGUUUGCAUUAACUUGGUCGACCUCUUAAACACCUGGACGAUCAAUCAUUAUAUAUCUAAGGCAAGUUUAUAUGAUAUUUUGGAUUAUUACAUAUAAUUUUAUUAAUCAAAAAUGAAACAUAAGAUUGGUGAAGAUUUUAGCCAUUUUGCGAUUUAAUCAAAAUACGACGUAAAUCGUAUUAAAGAAAUAAACAAUUAAAAAAUAUAAUUAAUACCGUAAAAGUGUUAGUUUUUCUUGUCUGGUAAUGAUUUAGCGAUGACGAUGUCUGAUGGAGUAGUCAACCCAUAUUAAUUAAUGAUGAAUUUGAAAGAAAAAAGUCUUCGCAAUGUUCAAAACUGUCGUGUGUAAAAGCUGUUGGCUUCAAGCGCGACGUGAUCGAUACGCAAUCGUUCUGCCGACUAUUUCCGAAGUUAUCCGUAAAGAAACGAAGGUAACCGAAUAUUAACGAAGUUGGUCGAGGUAGUAUAGUGAGCAAACGACGCGUACGGAAGAACGCGGGGUCUUCUCCGGCUUGGAUUGAAACAGCGUUCGCGUCUACGGGCGCGGUUUUGCGUCUCGAGCUGGCGUUUUACAUGGUAAAAUGUCCUCCCUCGAUUAUCUGGACUUGUGUCGAUUAUGUCUCGUGAAGGACCGUGUUUCGGUGCCAAUUUUCGAGGGUGAAGGAGACGUACGACAAAUAUUUCUCAAGAUCGCUGCCUGCCUACCGGUCAAGCUUACAAGAGAAGAUAAGUUACCUAAGAAGAUAUGCGAUGAUUGUGUGUAUAAAGUAGAAUUAUUUUAUCAAUUUUGGAAUACAACAGCAAACGCAGAAAAACAACUUUUGCAAUGGCUAGGAGAAGUCAGUUUAGAAGACAAACAGGGUUAUGUUACCAAUGUUCUCAAUCCGAGUGUAAUGAAACAAGAACAGAGUACAGAGAACAGGUUAGAUGGCAAUGUGAUGCAGCAAGUAGAGGAGCAUCAAAACAAUAUGGGGAUGGGUAUGAUGGAUAACAUGGGUUUGGGUAUUCCCAUGAUAAUAUCCAGUGCUAAUCAACAACAAAUCACCUCAGUUCCUAUGGACACCAGCAGCAAUUCUGUACAAACUAUUCAGGCAGUACCUGGUCCAAGUUCACAAACUACACAUAACCAAAUACCACAGAAUCAAACAAGCUCUACGCAACAAGAAGAUGAAGAGGAAAGUAGCGAAGAUGAAGAAAACUCUGACGAAGAAUGUGAUGGAGAUGAAGGCCUACCUGUAAAAGAAGAAAGUGAAGAAGAUCCCAGCAAUAGAACCAUAGAGCCUACUACUUUUGUAAAUGUUUCCUUGGCAUGUGAUGAAGCAGGUCCUUCAGGAUUGCAGCAACAGAAGAUAUCAGAUAUGCCUGAAAUGCCAAUUCCACAGCCAGCUGAUGGGGAUCCCAAAUCUGGGUUCGAGCUCGACACCCUCAACUCGCGCGGUAUCUUUAUCUACGACAAGGAGUCGGUGGUGAUGAAGAAAUGGCAGAUCCUGGAAUUCGAUGGGAAACCGUACUACGCGUUUGUACCUGAAGGCGACACGCCGUUGGCGGAGGAGGAUAUACCGGAGCAAGUGGACGAGGCUGGGAACGAGGAGGAGAAGCAGGAUCUCGUGAAGGUGGAAUGUUUAUACGACGAGGAAGAGUUGCAAUACGAUUCGACCGACGAGAAAUUGUACGAGGAGGAUGAUCUGUUGAACAGAAGCGGGGAGCUUAAGGAGGAGGACGACGUGAAGCCGAUAAUAUUAAACGGUGGCAUCGAGGGGGUCGAGAACGACAAGGCGAUCGGCGAUCUUUAUCAGGUGAAGGUUCAAGGUAGCAUGGUGACGAUAGAGAAGUUGACGUCGAGCGACGUGGAAGAGGCGAAGGAGGUGGUGGAGUAUCAGCAGGAGGAGCAGGAGGAGGAGCAAGAGGCGUACAACGAUCAGGAGCAGGUGUUGGAGCAGGUGGAGCAGGUGGAGCAAGGGGAUCAGGAGCAGAUAGAGCAGAUAGAGUACUUGGAGGAGGAGAUAUUGGAGUCGGCGAAUAAUCACGUGACCCCUACGAAGACGCGCAGAAAGGUGUCGAGGGGGGCGGGCAACGCUCUCAAGUGCAAGGUGUGCUCGGAGAUGUUCAGCUCGGCGAUCUCGUUCAGGAAGCACGUGGCGUGGACUCACAAGAAGAAGGUGUGCAUACAGGAGGAUGGCGCGUACAUAUGCGCCGUUUGCGAUUACAGGACGCUGAAGAAGAGCCUGUUCGCGGCGCACUUGGAGAGGAAGCACGAGACGUGGUCGAGGAAACGGCCCAACAACAUGUUGUUCCCGUGCGCCGCUUGCGGCUUCGUCUGCAGAUCGAAGCACUCGUUACAAUCACACUUCAUAAGGAAGCACACCGAUCGUUACGAGCACCAGUGCAAGUUUUGCCCGAAGAAGUUCAAGGUGAAGGGCGACCUGACCAAUCACGUGCGGUUUCAUCACAAGGAGAAACCGAUCAAUUGCGACGUGUGCGGCAAACUCUGCCAGAACAGCGGCUCCCUUUACGUCCACCAGAAGUGGGCGCAUUACAAGCCGAAAUACGAGUGUCAUAUAUGCAAGAGGCGCAUGGUGACGCAGGAGAAUCUCGAUCAACAUCUGUUGACGCAACACGAGAAAAGGGAGAAGAUCGUCUGCGCGGAGUGCGGCAAGACGUUCACCAAGAAGGACUCGUUCAAGAGGCAUAUGGCGGUGCACACAGGGUGCAAGCCGCACUCCUGCCUGAUAUGCAACAAACCGUUCGCGAGGAGGUCUCAGUUGCGUCAACAUUUGCUCAUCCACACAGGGAAGAGGCCGUUUGUCUGCGAUAUAUGCGGCAAGGCGUUCACGCAGAAGCCUGGCCUGAUCUGUCACAGGAAAACGCAUCCUGGCCCUCAUCCACCGUUACCCGUAAUGCCGAUCGCGGACAUCGUGAAAGAGUUCACCGAAGGCUACGUGCAGGAGAUAAACGCGCGCGAGAACGAGGAGAGGAUCGAGGAGGAGGCGUAGGAUCAAUGUUGUUCCGUUUUAUCCAUUGAUCUUUCUUGAUUCGAAGGCGACGUUUUCUCACACUUUCGAUACUUAAAUUCGAUUUCGACGAUCGACGAUCGAGAGAAAAGAUACCGCGAGAAGUUUUCGUCUUGAUUGUUAAAUGGUUGUUUGAAUCUACGUUCGAGAGGGGAGUUCGAUGAGAGAAAAAUUUGGAUUGGUAAAGGACAGCGCGAUGAUAGAUAGAUAGAUAGAUAGAUAGAUAGAUAAAUUUUAAUCUAGUGGAGAGUUGUAAGAGUCUUAAGUUGUGUCUGCUCGUCGUUGAAGGAUAGAUUGGAAUAAGAAUAUUGUAAUGAAUUAUUAUGAUUAUUAUUAUAAUAUCGUUUUUAGGGAAUUUUUGUGUUAUCGCUAGCAAUUUGCUGACUCAAUAAUAAUAUUAAUUAUUAUUCUAGUAUUUAUUAUAAUCGAAGAGAAAUCUUAUUGAACGAUAUAACUUAUCAGUUAAAUUAAGAAUAACGAUAAAAUUAAACGUAACUUUUUAAUUUCUUAAUUUUCUUUCGAUAUUACUAAGAUAUUAUUUCUUUCUAUAUUACAGUUUAAAAAUUGAUAAAAAUUGAAUUUUUUUUUUCUUUUUUUUUUCUUUUUUUUUUUUUUUACAAAUCCAUCGAUUAUUUCCUAUUACUGCAAUCAUGGAUUUUAAAUUAUACAUCUCUUGGUAAAGAUACAUUAUUAAUAUUAUUAACGAUAAAAUUUUUUGUAAAAAAAAUACUUACGUAUAAAUUGAAACUUCCGAAUAAAUGUAUGCUUCAACAACGAGUAAGAGCAAUAAUUCCUUGUUCAAUCGAAACAAAUUAUAAAACGCGAAUCUUGAAAUUCCAAGAUACUUUGUAUACCAUUGAGAUUGAAAGAUUAAAGACGAACGAUAAUUAUUUUUAGACUUAUCGCGUGUAAUUGUAAGAAUAGAGAUAUAAGAUGUACAAUAUAAUAUCAGCCUUGUAAAUUGAAAAUUUAUGUUAAGAAAGAAAAAAACAAGAAGAAUAUAGGAAUCCUUUUUGAAUUUUCCUUUCAGUUUACCUGUGGAAAGUCUGGAAGUCGGUCUCGACUGGUUUCUAAGCUUUUAAUAUAUUAUUUUAAUUUAAUCUUUAGUUUAAUUUUAGAGUUUCAUAUUGUUGAUAAAAAAAUACAAUUCGUAUUAUUAUUAUUAUUAUUGUUAUUAUUAUUAUUAUUAUUAUUAUUAUUAUUAUUAUUAUUGUUAUUAUUAUUAUUAUAUACGUACAUAUAUAUAAUAAUAAAAAAAGAAAAGAUCAAUUUUCCUAUAAUGGCUGUAAAAAAUUGCAAAUGAAUCGUGUAUACAUCCUUUAAUAUGUUAAAUUUCAAGUUGAUAAAAGGGAAUAAAAUCAUGUUGCAUUCUCGAUAUUUAACAAUAUCGAAUAAAAUUAAGAAGACUAAGCGAGCAAGUGUGCUUGCUCGUUUUUUUUUUUUUUUUUUCCUUAAAAUUAUUAACGCUAAAUUAAUGUUUUAUAGUUUAAUACAUGUGUGGUGAUUCGGUUUAAUAAUAAAAAAAAAAAAAAAAAACAAAAAGAGAGAAUCAGAUUGAUUUAAUCGCGUUAAAAGGUUUUUGCUUAACCACUGCUCGCGAAGAAAUGGAAGAAUUUCAUCAAUGUCUCACAUAAACACAUACUGGUCGUGUCGUUCUAUCCACGUAAUCGUGAAUUUAAUCGUAAAUUUCAUCGGAACUCCGUUGUUACACUCCGUUGUUACACUCCGUUGUUACACGUUGUGAUAUGUCUCGACGACACGUUGUUCUAUUUGCGAGAGCUGACUCCUCCUAUAGAGAACUAACUAUAACACAGCACAGUGUGCACUCCUCCUAUUCCACUCCGUGUGUGAACGCAAUAACACUCGAUCAUCAUUUUCGACCACGUUGCUAGUUAUAUUCCAAGAGAUGAAAAUGUAAAAAAAGAAAGAAAAAAAAAAAUUCACGAGAAAAAGGAUGCUCGCGCUAUAGAAAGCUACGCCUAGAAUGGCUAUUUUUCUAAAAAUCAAUAUCUUGCUCUAAUAAGAACGACUACGUACAUGCUGUGUAUAGCUUGAGUUUGAAAUAAAUAUUUUUACUGAG